AUGGAAGUCCAUUUCCAAAUACUCAUAACUUGUUUCAUCUUGAUUGUCUUGGCACACACAUGGAAGCUACUAAACUCGAUGUAUUUGAAGCCGAAACGUCUAGAAAAACUCCUAAGAAGGCAAGGUUUCAAAGGAAACCCUUAUAGAUUUCCCUAUGGAGACUUGAAAGAAUAUGGACAAGCCCUUCAACAACUCAUGUCCAAACCCCUCAGUUUGGAUGAUGAUAUAAAGCCAAGAGCCAUGACUUUUGCCUUCAACACCAUGGAAAAGUAUGGGAAUGAGUCAUUCUUCUGGCAAGGGCCAAAGCCUUCGGUGAUCAUCACAGACAUCGCCCUAAUAAAGGAGGUGACGUUGAAGCACAGCGUGUUCUCAAAGCCGACGACGCCAAAUCCGCUCACCAGCUUGUUCGCGCCGGGGGUGGUGACACUGGAGAAGGACAAAUGGGCUAAGCAUAGGAAAAUCAUCAAUCCGGCUUUCCACAUUGAGAAAUUGAAGCUGAUGGUGCCUGCCUUCAACUUGAGCUGCGAGGAUGUUCUGUCCGAAAUCGAGAACAAAAUGUCGCCGGAAGGAGUUUGCGACGUCGACUUCUGGCCAUAUCUCGAAAAUAUAACCAGCGACGCCAUUUCAAGAACUGCAUUCGGAAGCAGCUACGAAGAAGGUCGGAGAAUCUUCGAGUUACAAAAGGAACAAGCCGACCAUGUUCUUGCCGCCCUGCGUACAAUAUAUUUCCCGGGAUCACGGUUUCUUCCAACCAAAAGGAACAACAGAAUGAAGGAGAUCGAAAGCCAAGUCCGUCCCAUCGUCCGUGCCCUCAUCGACAGGAGGGUGAACGCCAUCAAAGCCGGAGAAGCCAUCAACCCGGACUUGCUCGGGAUGCUGCUCGAGUCCAACUUCCAAGAAAUCGAACAGCAUGGACACAAGAGCUUCGGAAUGACCAUCGAUGAGAUCAUCGAAGAAUGCAAAGUUUUCUACUUCGCGGGGCAGGAGACCACCUCGACGUUGCUUUCGUGGACAAUGGUUCUGUUGAGCAAGCAUCAAGAAUGGCAGAAGAGAGCCAGAGACGAAAUCUACAAUGUCUUUGGCAAAGAGAAGCCAAAUUAUGAGGGAUUGAGCCAGCUGAAGACGGUGUCGAUGAUACUAUUCGAGGUGUUGCGGUUUUAUCCACCGGUGGUGGCUCUGCUCCGGCACGUUACAGAGGAGAUCAAGCUGGGGAAAUACACGUUGCCUAAAGAUAUCGGUCUUAACAUUCCGGUGCUGUGGUUGCAUCACAGCCGCGAGUUUUGGGGGGAUGACGCGAUGGAGUUCAACCCGGAGAGGUUUAGGGAUGGGGUGGCGAAGGCGGUGAAGGGCUCCGGCAUGUUCUGCCCCUUCGGCUGGGGGCCGAGGAUAUGCCUUGGGCAGAACUUCGCGAUGGUGGAGGCGAAGGCAGUGCUGUCGAUGAUCUUGCAGCGGUUCACCAUCGAGCUGUCGUCCUCAUACACGCACGCCCCUCGGCUCAUCUUCACGUUGCAGCCUCAGCACGGCCUGCACUUGACUCUGCGCCGUAUCUAGAU